AUUCAAAUGGACGAAAUGCCGCCUCCGUCUUAUUUCUGCGGAGCUUCGAUUAAGACUAGAUGAGGCAACCGAUGAAGACCAUCGUAAGACCAUAUCUAGUAUGCUAAAUCUCAUCGACCGUCUCCGAGAACUAGAAGACAAGUUCUUCACAGCUCCUAGACCUUCCAACGAUAGCGUGCAACCAGCCUACGAGGAUGAGUCAACUGACGAGGAGGACAUAGAGACUAUCGACAAGACCAAUAAGCCAUAUGAACCAACGAUGCUUUGUCAUGAUGACAUUUCUCUUGACAACAUUCUUGUUGACGAGAACGGUGUACUCAUGGGUAUUAUCGGUUGGUCGUGUGUUUCAUGCCUCCCUCUAUAUGAAGCUUGCCAAUUUCCAGCCUUUUUGCAUCAGUCGUGGGAUAGGCCUCUUGAGCCGCUGACUCCUUAUAGUGUCACUCGAGCGCACUUGGAUAUCGACGAGGAAGUUCGGAGGUACGACAUAAAGCUCAGACAACAUCAUCUAACCCUACUUCGCCAGGUUUUUAUUGGUGAGAUGAUGCAGAGAUGCCAGGAAUGGUUUGAUAUCUUUUGCAACCAGAAACACCGGAGGGAUUACGAAGCCGCGGUGCAGAAUUGUGAUAAUGAGUUCGCGUAUAAGAUUGUGGAGGAAUGGGUAGGUGCUGCAGAGGAACGAUCCGACUCGAAUAAGCCGCUUUGGUCGCUUCACAUACGUUUUAUGAGAUGAUAUGGAUUUGUUUAGGAUACAGUAGGUCCAUGAUACUAAGCCUUAAUUAGAUAUUGCUAUAGCAUUGUUUUAAAAAUCGAUACUUAUAAAGGUGGCAAAAAUGAUAAUGACAAUGCG